AUGGAACUUCCGGCGCGGGAAGGCGAUCUGAAAAUAUCAACAAAUGCUUUGUCCAUAAUAACCAGUAGAUCAACAGAAUUUUAAUAACUUAAUGCAUGGGAUACGAUCCUUACGGGUCUUUUUACUAUGUCAACAAGAGGCAUCAAAUACCAAUACAGCGUAGGAGAGUGCGUCCUCUGUUUCGAGCCUGAUCCGACUAAAGCCAGAGUUUUAUACGACGCCAAGAUUCUAGACCAAACCUUUGUCAAAGAUGUUAAGAAUCACACCAGAAAAACACCAGCUUACCACAUCCACUUUCAAGGUUGGAAUAACAGCUGGGACCGUGUUGUGGUGGAAAACCACAUUCUGAAAAAUGAUGAGACCAACAGAGAUCUGAUGAAAAGAUUGGCCGACAUCACCAAAAGAUAUCGCAUCAACAGAGCAAGAAAUCAUAGAAUAGACCAGAUUUUAAAAGAAGCUUUUAAAGGCAGGCCCCCGCUAAUGGACUAUAGCAGUGAUUUCAGUGAUGAUAAUGAUGAUUGUGAUGACGACGACACAGAAGUCGAGACUGAUGACGAGGACGAGACAGAUGAGACGGACAAAGAGAACAAUAGGGUGAAGGACAGAUCAACCAAUGGUGACGCAGAUGUUGAUAGUGUGGAUGGCAGUGAGAGCAGUAGUCGAACCAGUGGGAAGUCUGAGGACAAGAAGAAGAAGCAGACGGUAGAGCUGGAAAUCCCUGAAGUGUUGAAGGAAGUUCUGGAGGGAGAUUUUAUAGCUAUCAACAAGGAGUGCCUGUUGAUACAGCUUCCAGCAGACACCAAUAUUGUAGACAUCCUGGAGGGCUUUGUGAAGACGUUCUGUAUUAAUCUGCUGUGUGGCACACCAGAAAAAGGGAAGACAGCUGGGGGCACAUCACACAUACCUUUUGACAAAAAUAUCCCUCUGUGUAAGGAGUUGGUGGAUGGACUGAGGAUCUGCUUUGACCACACACUACCGCUGGUCCUGUUGUACACCCCGGAGAGAGACCAGUACAAGGAGCUGCUCCAGAACAAGUUUAAACCUAACCCAGAGUCCAAAACAAACAGCUUACAGUCACCACUGAUAAAGACCCCAAUGUCAAAGGCAAAACAGUUUCAAGGAGCAGUUUCAACUACCCCAGGUACUGGAGAUUCCUCUCCCAAAAUUCCAAAACUGUCGCCAAAAGUGUUUAAACGUGAAAAGAUUGAGUUUGAUUUGGCGUCAAAGUCAGAAGAGGUAACUCCACGUAGACUGACACGCCAAGCAGCACAAGACUCUGCUAAGAAAUACCCCACAUUUCCACAGGAGGCAUCUUCAUCUACAGAUGAAGUGGACAUUGAAAAACGAGGGGAGGUUACCCCAAACAAGCGACGCGAAUCUAGACGGAGAAAGUACAGUGACAGUUCUAGCUUAAAUCCGGUAGCUGUGAAGAUGGAGUGUGGUUAUGAGGGUAGCGAGGGAGGGGGUUCAGGUGUUGUGUCCCGCAGAGCUGACCCUCCCCCACCUCUUCUUAUCCCCAGUGUCAUCUCAAACCAGGCGUCUGGACAUGGAAGUGUUGAUAGUAGUGGCGACAGUGUCCAGCCAACUGGACGUGAAAAUAUUGUAGAGAGUGUGCUGGCCUGGAAACUCCUCCCGGAGAAAGAAGCGAUCAAGAUACCUCCUUACCCUUCACUUGUGUAUGGGGCUCACCACCUCCUCAGACUCUUUGUCAAACUACCAGAGCUGAUCCUCAGUAUGGAUAUGGAGGACCAUAAGUUGAAGGCAUUACAGAGUCUGCUGGACCAUUUCAUGGACUACCUGGUGGAAAGAAGAGACGACUUGUUCCCAGAUGUGUCAUAUGAAUCACAAUAAGUCUGAACAGUGGAAACAUGAGAGAACAUGCAAACGUGUUCUCAGUGACGUUGCAUGAACCAUAAAACAAUAGUCUACGAUGGAUUCGUCUGCUGAAUAACAGAACUACUGGAUAGUGAAGCAGAUGUAAAACAAACAAGUUUACGAUGAAAGGAAUGGAUGUCAUGUGUUUAGAAUGUCUAAUGAAAAUGUAUCCAUGAGUUUUAACAAAUUCAAUGAUCUGACUUGUACAGGAAGGAGUGGUGGAGGCUUAAUUACUACACUGGUGUAACGUUGUGUUAACUCAUUCACCCCUGACAUUUCGUAAUGAACCAUUCCAACCUUUGAAUUGGAAGAGCUUAAAUGUGUCUUCAGGGGUGAAUGAGUAAAAUGAUCAGUAAGAGAACAGUGGUAUGUACAGUGUUUAGUCCUGAAUUUACAACAGUCUGAUCCGUUUCCUAUUGAAUGUCAUACAAUGUAUCCACAUUUAUCUCAAAAUAUCAUAUUUCAAUGUCUCACAGUUUUCAGGAGCCCUUGCAGAUGACUAGAUCUAUGUUCAUUUGUGAAUAAGUUCAACCAUUUAUAAUUACAUGUCCACGCUCACAUGUUUUUGUUAGAUAUGGAGUGCCUAUGAUUAUGAUAUCAAGUUUUGUACAUGUAGAUCAUUUCUGGAAAGUAUUUUAGAACUUU